AUGUCAGUCGUAGCAGUACAGUUAGGACAGUGUGGCAAUCAGAUUGGCCAACAGUUGUUCAGUGUCAUCAACAGCGAUUCGAAUGGAGCUAAUCGAAAAACGUACAAGGAAUGCAGCGAUGAGCGAUUUUUCUAUGAGAAUUCAAAGGGAGAUCUUGUGGCUCGAUCAGUGUUAUUUGAUAUGGAGCCUAAAGUGAUCUCACAGGCCAUUACAAAGGCCUCCAAGUCUGGGAAAUGGAAGUAUGGAGAAACAGCGCACUUCUGUCAGAAACAGGGCUCUGGAAACAACUGGGCCAAUGGGUUCAGUGUUCAUGGCCCCCGACACGAAGAGGUUAUGACAGAUCUAGUGCGAAGAGAAGUUGAACGUUGUGAUCGCCUGGCAGGGAUUCUACCGAUGAUGAGUGUGGCAGGAGGCACAGGAUCAGGGAUGGGUACAUAUGUCACACAAUGUAUACGUGACAUGUACCCCAACUCUUUCAUUUUUAAUCAUCUUACCUGGCCCUAUUGCACUGGAGAGGUUAUAGUCCAGAACUACAACUCAGUCCUCACGCUUUCUCACCUUUACCAACUGUCUGACGCCAUUCUGGUGCAUGAAAAUGACACGGUUCACAAGAUCUGUGCCCAGCUAAUGAACAUCAAACACAUCUCCAUCAGUGAUGUUAAUAAGGUGAUCGCUCAUCAGUUGGGGAGUGUGCUUCAGCCAGCCUUUACUGAACACUCUCUCAGCAGUUACAGUAGAGACCCCAUAGGUGAGUUAUUGUGUAGCCUGGUCUGCCAUCCUGAGUUUAAACUGCUGAGCUUGUGCAACAUUCCUCAGAUGUGCAGCUCAUCUCUGGCUUACAGUGCUUUCAAAUGGCCCGGCUUGCUCAAACAUUUACGGCAGAUGCUCAUCGCCAACGCAAAGAUGGAAGAAGGUAUUGACUGGAAAGUGUGCGUGCCAUCUGUGGACAAGUCUGCUGGUGAGAUGGCAAGAAAUAAGAGGCAUGUGGGCUUCAACACGUCUCUGGCCAAUCUCCUGAUACUACGGGGAAAAGAUGUCUCCACUGCAGAUACAGGUGCUUUUAAGGACUCUGGAAUGUAUGCACCGUGGCUCCCAGCUGGUGGCACUUUCAGCGCGUGGAAUACCUCAGUACCAUUUAACGGCUAUGAGAAGUCUGCCACCAUAGUCAGCAAUAGCCAGUCACUUCUGAGGCCUUUGGACAAUAUCGUUAAGAAAGCUUGGAAUAUGUUUGCAUCCAGGGCUUACAUUCACCAGUACACAAAGUUUGGUGUCUCAGAAGAAGACUUUUUGGACUGCUUCACAACCUUGGAACAGAUCAUCUCCAGCUACACACACCCAUAGACGAAUUCU